UGCUGGGCUGGCUGUAGCGCUUUGUUUCACCUCACGUUGAAGGAUACCUGUCUGUGUUUUCUUUUUCACCUGUUAACAUUCACAGCUUCUAUCCUAUCCGGAUCAAAUUCACAGUUUGGGGGACGUUACAACUUCAACAAUGAGCACUUUGACUGCGUGUAAGAAACCUUUCGACAGACCCAGAUCUGAACCCGUGGAGGACACAGACACCACCAGCUUUGUGGCAGAAUUUUCUCUGGAGGCCAAUUAUCCAGUGCAGGUGACAGAUCCACAUGAUGCCGUGACUCUUCACUUGAGCUCGAUGCCCUCUGGAUUCCUGAGCCCCUCGUCAGACAGAAUAAGACAGCCAGUUGAAGAUGUCGAAGAAUGCACCUGCCCAACUUCAAUUUCACCAGACUUCCCCAAAGAACUGCAGAUGCUAAACAGCCCGUGUGAAAAGUGCUGCUGCCCAGCACCUCCUCCGAAGAUCAGCGACCUCAUGAAUGACAAAGACCUCCUGGACUUACUGCGGCUCAAACUGGAUCCAAACCACUGCACCGUCAAAAACUGGAAGAACUUUGCAAGUCGAUGGGGAAUGAGCUAUGAUGAACUGACUCUGCUGGAGCACCGGACGCAGGGCUCCUUGUCCCACAGCCCCACCCAGGAGUUCCUGCUGCGCUACAACCAGAAAACAGUCACUGAGCUCACUGAACUUUGCCGUAUUUACCAACGCAUUGACGUGCUGCGACUGCUACAGAGCUGGAUAGAGAAGGUGUGGCCAUCACGCUGGCAAGAGACUCAUUAACCAGUUUGACUUUUUACAUAUUUAUCCAGUCUCUGUUUUUUAUAUUGUCAGGGUUGUACUUGUUAGGGGUAUUUUCUUCUUCAAAACGUAGAUAUUCUUUUAUAGAUUUGUCUAGUAGAAACUGUAGAAAUUCAUCUUUAGGAUAACUUCCUGAAAUGAACGUCAGCAUCACUGAGUUUCAGGUACCAGUGAUAUUACAGACUUUAGAGCACUUACAUGACUUACAACUUAUGAAUAGUAGGGCGUCUUUAAGAUUUAAAGCCACGCUAACAGUGUGAUUUUAAGUUGAGGAGUGUUGAUUCUUUUUUGAGUUCUAUCUUUGUGGUGGUCUGAUUGUUGGUCCAUCACACUGGUUGAAUGGAAAUGUCUUAACAACCAGUUGAUAGUUUGCCCUGAAAUUUUUGACACAUUCAUGGUUCAUGCUCGCCAGUCUCUACAAACAAUAAUGGUUUCUGGACAUUUCUUCUAGCUGGACUUAACAUUUGUGGUUUUAAGGGAAAUAUCUCAACAGACGUUUAAUAAAUUACCAAACAUUUGGUUGUAAAAAAAAAAGUAAACUCAGUGAUUCUCUGAUUUGUUUUCAUCAGGGCCAUGAACUGGUCCAAAUUACGACACAUACAUUGAAUAUUUCCCUAUUUAUCCUCAGCCGCACUUUAAUUACUAAUAAGCAAUGUUAGAAUGACACAUAAUAACAUGCUUAUGAUGGGGAAUAUCACUGACAUUCAGCAUGCUAAGCAUGCGCAGGUUAGCAUUGAUGACGUUCACAUUCUUGUACGCUAAUGUUACAAUUUAACCUCAAAAAGCCACUCACUUUACCAUAGUCUAGUUUUGUGAAUUUGCUUUCAACUGUAUACAUCUGCAAAACAAGUAAAGCACAAAUGAAUGGGGGAAAAAAAUCGUUUUCAUAAAUAUUUGGUUUAUUUCUUUAAAAAUACUCAUGGUCAGCAGGAUUUAUGUCCCCGCCUUUGAGUAAUUAUUGCAUGGCUUUUUCAUUUACUGUUGCUCUUGUAUCUUUGUGAUAAAUAUCAGAGCAGGGAGAGUUAGACCAAGAAGAGAAACAAUCAUGUCAUUCAUUGAUUUCCCUUUUAUAUGUCAAACCAAAUAUCAUAUUUCUUGAAUUUUGAAAACAAAACAUUUGAACAGUUGAUUUUUACUGCUCCCAUCAAUGUUAUUUGGGAAACCUUGAUGAUACGUUUUUGGUAACGUUUGUAUUAUAUUUUUUAUUGUACUUGUUUUCUAAUUAUGAAAUAAACACA